AUGACUAAGGUCAACCAUUCAUUGACAAAUGAAUUCAUCCUCAUGGGACUUACAGAAAACCCAGACCUCAAAGCCCUUCUGUUUGUGGUAUUCUCUGCCAUCUAUCUGGUCACCAUGGUGGGGAAUCUAGGUUUGCUGGCCUUGAUUUACAUGGAGCACCAUCUUCACAUACCAAUGUACAUCUUCCUGGGCAACCUGGCUCUUAUGGAUUCCUUGAGUUCCUGUGCUGUUACUCCCAAGAUGUUGCAGAACUUCUUUUCUGAGGACAGAAGGAUUUCCCUCUCUGAAUGUAUGGUACAGAUUUAUUUUCUCUGUAUUGCUGAAUCAACAGACUGCUUUCUUCUGGCAGCAAUGGCUUAUGACCGCUAUGUGGCCAUAUGCAGACCACUGCAGUACCACACCCUGAUGUCAAAGAAACUCUGCAUUCAGAUGACCACAGGAGCCUACACAGGUGGAGUCCUGCAUCCAAUGAUUGAAGUAGGGCUUUUGUUAAGGUUGGUUUUCUGUGGGUCUCAUCAGAUCAAUCACUUUUUUUGUGAUGUCCUUCCAUUAUACAGACUCUCCUGUGUUGAUCCUUAUAUCAACGAAUUGGCAGUACAUAUUUUGGCAGGGUCAAUUCUAACCUUUACUAUUACUGUAGUGCUAAUAUCUUAUAUCUGCAUCCUUUUCACCAUAUUCACAAUGAAAUCUAAAGAAGGAAGGGGCAAAGCUCUAUUUACUUGUGCAUCCCACUUUCUCUCUGUAUCAAUAUUCUAUGGUUCUCUGCUCUUCCUGUAUGCUCAACCAAGUUCAGUUAAUGAAGGGGAUACAGAUGUACCUGCUGCUAUAUUUUAUACUCUAAUAGUUCCUUUAUUAAACCCUUUUAUUUAUACUUUAAGAAACAAUGAAGUAAUAAAUAUUAUAAAAAGAAUUAUGAAGAAGAGGCCAUGUUGUAACUUUCUGUAA